GGUUUGCUGCCCGACGUUUAUGUUCAUCUUAUGCUAAGGGUGGCAUAAAUGACGGGUGUAAUCAUGGAAGAUAUAUAUUGGGASAAUUUUCUCGCAUCAGAUGAAGCUAUAUGAGUUUAGAGGAGAGCCACUACGUGUGUCUCCCUCUCUCUCACACCGAGCCCCCUCCUCCUCCGCUGGCAAUUUAUAAAGAACAAAAAAUUCGACUAGGGAGGGGGUUGAUACGCCGAAGCUGAAAUCGAGAGGCGAACCCAGGAAAGGAGUAUAUUGUACACGCGACUUUCCCCCCCUUCGUCCCCCAAAAGGAGGGGGAAAAGUCAGAAUUGUGGAAUCGAAAAGGAAAAUAAGGUUCAAAAGACGUGAAAACGUCUUCCGUUGUGGAUACCGUAUAUCUUUUUAAUUCGAAAAAAUAUGGCCGAGAACGUUCUGGACUCUGGCCCGCCUUCAGCCAAGAGGCCUAAACUAUCCUCUCCAGCACUGUCUGUCUCCGCCAGCGAUGGAAACGAUUUCGGCUCGUUGUUUGACCUGGAGCAUGACCUCCCGGACGAGCUUAUCAACUCCUCAGAGUUGGGCCUGGUCAAUGGCGGGGACCUCAGCCAACUGCACACCAGCCUGGGAGGUGGGAUGGGACCUGGGGGAGGGGGUGGCCAGGACGCUGUGGCCAAGCACAAGCAGCUCUCCGAGCUCCUUCGGUCAGGCGCUCCACACGCCUCCACCCAGCAGGGCGCAGUGGGCAGCACAGGCGGGGCCAGCAUGGGCCACCUGGGAAACAUGAAGGUGUCCCCUGGGCCCCAGGGCAUGGGCCAGCAGCAACACCUCUCACCCCAGCAGCAGGCCAGCAUGAUGCAGCAGCAGGCGGGGAUGGUGGGCAGCAUGAAUCGGGGAAUGAUGGGGUCCCAGAAGGGCAACGGACAGCAGCAGCAAUCCAUGAUGGGUGGGCAGGUGAUGAACGGAUCCCCCAGGAUGGGCUUCUUGAACCAGGGGAUUGGGGGGAACAGUAACCUGCUGGCUGAGACUCUGCAGCAGCAACAACAGCAGCAGCAGGGGGCUGGUGGACAGGCUGGACUCAGAGUACAGCAACCUGGAGCAAUGAACAAGAUGGGUAUGAUGGGUAACCCGAGUUCCUAUGGAGGCCCCUAUGGAGGGCAGCAGGCAGGCCAGGGCCUGGGGGGAGCAGGGCUGGGCCCUCCGCUCCAGAACAAAGGCUCCAUGCCCAACAGCCUGGCCCAGUUCAGCAUGGACAAGAAGAGCCAGCCCAUGCAGGGCAUGUCUGUCAUGGCCCCCCAGCAGUCCGCUGCAGGUGUGGGCGGUGGAGCCGGAGGCACUGCAGGGAUGGUCCCCAACGCCCAAGGAGGCCUGGGGCCCGCAGUGUCUGUAGCCGCAGCUGCCGCAGCAGCCGGGGCGCCCCCUACGGCCGACCCUGAGAAGCGCAAGCUUAUCCAGCAGCAACUAGUGCUCCUGCUACACGCACACAAGUGCCAGCGGCGGGAGCAAGCCAACGGGGAGGUGCGCCAGUGCAACCUGCCACACUGCCGCACCAUGAAGAACGUCCUCAACCACAUGACCCAUUGCCAGGCUGGCAAGUCUUGCCAAGUGGCUCACUGUGCUUCAUCCAGACAGAUCAUCUCUCACUGGAAGAACUGUACACGGCACGACUGUCCGGUCUGCCUGCCGCUCAAGAACGCUGGGGACAAGAGGAACCAGCAGUCUCUGCUAGGAGGUGCUGGUGUAGGUCUGGGUAGUUCCCUGGGCUCAGUGCCCGGAGGUCAGCCCAGCACCCCAAACCUCAACCCCCCCAGCCAGAUCGACCCCAGCUCCAUCGAGAGGGCCUACGCCGCCUUGGGCCUCACUUACCAGGGCCUGCAGAGCCAGCCCAACCAGGCUUCUCUGCCCUCACAGGGCCUGCAGAGCCAACCAGGCAUGAGGCCGCUCAAUCCCAUGGGGGGUAACCCGAUGGGAGUGAAUGGAGGUGUGGGUGUUUCACCCCAGAACCAGCAGGCCAGCCUGCUACAGGACACCAUGCUACACCUCAACAUGAACUCCCAGGGUCUGAUGAGUGAUGUGGGUGGGGCGGGUAACAUGGGAUGCAUGCCCACGGCGACCCCACCCUCGGCAGCGGGCAUGAGGAAGAGCUGGCACGAGGACAUCACCCAGGACCUGAGGAACCACUUGGUGCACAAACUGGUACAAGCCAUCUUCCCGACCCCAGACCCUGCUGCUCUGAAGGACAGGCGGAUGGAGAACCUAGUGGCGUAUGCUAGGAAGGUGGAGGGGGACAUGUAUGAGUCUGCCAACAGCAGGGCGGAGUACUACCACCUGUUGGCUGARAAGAUCUAUAAGAUCCAGAAGGAGUUGGAGGAGAAGAGGCGGACGCGGCUCCAGAAGCAGGAUGGUCCCCUCCCUGACCACUCUCUGGUGCGGCCCGGUGGACCCAACCAGAUGGUUAAUAGGAUGCAGAACCCUGCAGGUAUGAACCAGUUCAAUCAGAUGGGGAUGCAGUCUAUGGGUCAGAGGUUGACCCCUCCUCUCCCCCUCACACCCAUCAACCAGAUGGGAAUGGGGAACCCCAGAAUGGGCCAGCCCAACGUGGGCCAGAACCAGUACCUGCCCCAGGGACAGUUCCCAGGCUCCGGUCCAGGCCUCGGCACGGGUCAGCCCGGCAUGGCACAGCCUGGCAUGAACCAGCAAGGCAACCAGGGAGGCAUGGCACAGCCUAGUAUGAACCAGCAAGGCAACCAGGGAGGCAUGGCACAGCCUAGUAUGAACCAGCAAGGCAACCAGGGAGGGAUGGCACAGGUGAGAGAGACUCAGAUACCCAUUCCUUCCCCUCUCCCCGUCAACAGCCCUCUAGCUGGGCCCGGCUCGGUCGGAGGGGGUAGUGGUGUCCCCUCGGUGGGGCCCAUGGGUCCCCAGAGUGUGGGUGGAGGCCCCUUGUCCAACCUACCCCUGUCCAACAACCCCCAGCAGCCCAACUCCAUCCCCCACCUCGCGGCCAUGCGCCAGAGCUCGCCCUCCCCCGCCCGCAGUCUUACCCCCACUCCCCACCAAACGCCACCCAGGCUAGCUGGCUCACAGACCCCCCAGCCCCACACCCCCAAUCCGUCCCAGCUGGCCCCCUCAGGCCCUCAGCAGCAGCUAGGGCCCGGCAGCCAGGGACCAGGCUCCAACAAGCCCAUGCAGCAGGGGAUGGGGGUGGGGUCCACCACCCCAUCGCACCCUGCUCACGCCUCCACAACCCCCAACCCCCAUGGAGGCCAGCUCCCUCGCACGCCUCGCACUCCGAUGUCCCAGAAGGGCGGCUACCAGCCCCAGGACGGUCAGGCUCUGACCCCAGCGUCRGUCAGCAGUGCGGACACAGCCUCCCAGCAGGCCUCCCAUUCGGAUGCCUCGGCCUCCGUGGACCCCAAGACGGAGGUCAAGCAGCAGCAGGACGAGGAGGACGACGGGGAGGAAGGCUGCUCCAAGGGGGGGAAGUUAUCCAACGUCAAGAUGGAGAACAAACCCAUCAAAAUGGAGGGGGUGAAGAAAGAGGAGUGUGGGGGCAAAGGUGUUCCCAUGGAAACGUCGUCAUUGGUGGGGGUAAAGAGUGAAGAUAGGGUGAAGACUGAAGACCGGAAGCCGGAGGUGAAGAAGGAGCCAAAAGAGGAAGAGAAGGGGUCCGAGUCCCCUGGUACACCGUCUGGUGCCCAGAACAAGAGGAAGAUCUUUAAGCCAGAGGAGCUGCGCCAGGCCCUCAUACCCACCCUGGAAUCUCUAUACAGACAGGACCCAGAGUCUCUGCCCUUCAGACAGCCUGUGGACCCUCACCUACUGGGCAUACCUGACUACUUUGACAUAGUGAAGACCCCCAUGGACCUGUCCACUAUAAAGCGGAAGCUUGAUACGGGUCAGUACCAGGAACCCUGGCAGUAUGUGGACGACAUCUGGGUCAUGUUAAACAAUGCCUGGCUAUACAACCGCAAGACGUCCCGUGUCUACAAGUACUGCUCCAAACUGGCUGAGGUGUUCGAGGCCGAGAUAGACCCCGUCAUGGUCAACCUGGGCUACUGCUGUGGUCGGAAGUUGGAGUUUUCUCCCCAGACGUUGUGCUGCUAUGGGAAGCAGCUGUGCACUAUACCCCGGGACGCUGCCUACUUCAGCUACCAGAACAGGUACCACUUCUGUGAGAAGUGCUUCAACGAAAUCCAGGGGGACAACGUGUCCCUAGGAGACGACCCCUCCCAGCCUCCGACUUCCAUCGGUAAAGAUCAGUUUGAGAAGAAGAAGAAUGACGCAUUGGACCCAGAAUUGCUUGUGGAAUGUAUGGACUGUGGACGUAAGAUGCACCAGAUCUGUGUCCUGCACAACGACACUAUCUGGCCAUUAGGUUUUAAUUGUGAUGGCUGCUUAAAGAAGUUGAAUAAGACACGUAGAGAGAACAAGUAUGCCGCCAAAAGGUUGCCCCACACUAAGCUGGGCUGUUAUUUGGAGACGAGGGUGAAUGACUUCCUGAAACGUCAGAGCCACCCUGAGUCGGGUGACGUCACCAUUCGAGUCGUCCACGUCUCUGACAAGGUGGUGGAGGUCAAACCAGGCAUGAAGUCCAGGUUUGUGGACACUGGGGAGAUGUGUGAGUCAUUCCCAUAUAGAACGAAAGCCCUGUUUGCCUUUGAGGACAUCGAUGGCGCUGACGUCUGCUUCUUCGGCAUGCAUGUACAGGAGUAUGGCUCGGACUGCCCUCCUCCCAAUCAGAGACGAGUGUACAUCUCGUACCUGGACAGUGUUCACUUCUUCCAGCCUCGUUCUCUGAGGACGGGUGUCUACCAUGAGAUUCUCAUUGGCUACCUGGAGUAUGUCAAGAAGCUGGGGUACACGACAGGUCACAUCUGGGCAUGCCCACCUAGUGAAGGGGACGACUACAUUUUCCACUGUCACCCUAUGGACCAGAAGAUCCCCAAGCCCAAGAGGCUACAGGAGUGGUAUAGGAAGAUGCUGGACAAGGCUGUGGCGGAGCGCAUAGUGCACGACUUCAAGGACAUCUUCAAGCAGGCCACGGAGGACCGUAUUACCAGUGCCAACGAGAUGCCCUACUUCGAAGGCGACUUCUGGCCCAACGUGCUGGAGGAGAGCAUCAAGGAGCUGGAGCAGGAGGAGGAGGAGAGGAAGAGAGAGGAAAACAGCACUUCCAACGAGAGCGUAGAUGCCACGAAGGGCGACAGCAAGAACGCCAAGAAGAAGAACAGCAAGAAGACUUCUAAGAAUAAGAGCAGUAUGAGCCGAGCCAAUAAGAAGAAGCCAGGCUUGCCCAACGUGUCCAAUGACCUCUCUCAGAAACUCUACGCCAGCAUGGAGAAGCACAAAGAGGUAUUCUUUGUGAUCCGUCUGAUAGCAGCGCCCAUGUCCAACACGCUGGGCCCCAUCACAGACCCCGACGGCCUGAUGGCCUGCGACCUGAUGGAUGGGCGCGACGCCUUCCUCACCCUGGCCCGGGACAAACACUUGGAGUUCAGCUCGCUGCGCAGGUCCAAGUGGAGCUCCAUGUGCAUGCUGGUGGAGCUCCACAACCAGAGCCAGGACCGCUUCGUCUACACCUGCAAUGAGUGCAAGGGCCACGUGGAGACACGCUACCACUGCACUGUCUGCGAGGACUAUGACCUGUGCAUCACCUGCUACAAUACUAAGGGCCACAUCCACAAGAUGGAGAAGCUGGGUCUGGGCCUGGAUGACGAGAGCAACAACUCGGCCGCUUCGUCCAUCGCCAACCCUGGAGACUCGCGCCGCCUCAGCAUCCAGCGCUGCAUCCAGUCUCUGGUYCACGCCUGCCAGUGUCGCAAYGCCAACUGCAGCCUGCCGUCCUGCCAGAAGAUGAAGCGYGUGGUGCAGCAYACSAAAGGUUGCAAGCGCAARACCAACGGCGGCUGCCCCAUCUGUAAGCAGCUCAUCGCUCUCUGCUGCUACCAUGCCAAGCACUGCCAGGAGAACAAGUGUCCCGUACCGUUCUGUCUGAACAUCAAGCACAAGCUGAGGCAGCAGCAGCUCCAGCAUCGGCUCCAGCAGGCCCAGAUGCUGCGGAGGAGGAUGGCCAGCAUGCAGAGGGUGGGUCAGCCACCUCCGGGACCGGGGGGAAACGGUGGACUACCAUCUCCGGGAAACAACGGCACCACAGGGCCCAGCACCCCCAUGUCUGUGGGCACGCAGCCCCCCACGCCUCAGACCCCAACCCAGGGGAACAUGCCCCAGCAGGGGAUGGGCCAGGGCCCCCCAGGGCAGCAGCAGGGCAGCAUUCCCCAGCAGCACCACAUGCAGCACCAGUUCCAGCAGCAGAUGCAGCUGCAGCAGCAGGGGGGAGGGGGAAUGAUGAACUCUCCUCAGCAGCAACARAUGGUCCAACAGCUUCAACAGCAGCAACAGGGCCAGUCUCCAAAUGUCCAGCAGAUGCAGCACCCAGGAGGUCUGCCCCCCUACACCCCCAGACCUCCAGGAGCCUCGCCCCUCCACCAGUCCCUGGGUAAACCCGGUCUGGGCCCAGCCACCCCUCCACAGCAGCAGACCAACCCUAGCCAGGGUUCCAUGCCCCAGGGGCAGCAGCAGCAGGGGCCUCCUCCGGCAGCGGUGGAGAUAGCGUUGAAGAUCCAGCGUGUGGCAGAGACUCAGCGUCAGAUGGCCCAGGCCCAGGCCCAGAUCCUCCAGAGGCAGCAGGCGGCUCAGGGUGGAGGCAUGAUCCCCCCUCACCACCAGAACCCCCAGGCCCAGAUGCAGAGCAUGGCCCACCCAGGAGCAGGCAUGGUAGGGCCCCAGGGUCUGGCAGGGAGGACCUUGAUGGAGCAGCAGGGGAUGGUGGUAGGGCCAGGAGGCAUGCAGCAGCAGUCCCAGAUCCCCCCUCAGGUUCAGCUCCAGCAGCAGGCCCGACUUCAGAACCCCAACCAACAGCAGUGGGGAGGCCCUGGUGGGAUGACCCCCCAGCAGAGGCAAGGCAUGAUGGGACAGAUGGGUCACCUGACACUGCAGCAACAACAGCAGCUUGCCCAGCAACAGCAGCAGCGGCAGCUUGCCCAGCAACAACAACAGCAGCAGCAACAGCAAGGUCAGCCCCAGCAACAACAGCAGGCAGGGCAAGGGGGGUUAAUGGGGUUGAUGGGAGUUCAAGGCGGCGUGGCUGGGGCGGCGGCGGCAAUGGUGGGGACAGGGAACCUCCCUCAGGCAGCUCUACAGGACCUCCUGCGUACCCUCCGCUCUCCCAGCUCCCCCGGCCAGCAGCAACAGGUCCUCAACAUCCUCCGCUCCAACCCCCUCCUCAUGGCUGCCUUCAUCAAGCAGCGAGCUGCCCGAUACCAGGGAGGUCCAGGGGUGCCUGGGGCACCGGGAGGAGGCCCAGGAGGGGGGCCUGGAGGUGUGCGGUUCCAGGGGGCCCCUGGUGGGGUAGGAGUUGGGCCUGGUGGUAACCAGGUUGUUAUGGAUGGUCAGCAGGUCAACGUAAACCCUGGAGCGGCCCAGGCAGGUAUGAACAUGGGCCAGGGAGGA